ACAGGUAAGGGUUCCAGCCUAAGUUUCCACAUUCAGGAAAGGGUCUGUCUGUUCUCAAGAGUGUUUCCUUUCCACAGCUCAACCUUGAGGGACACUGUGGGUUGUAUGAGCCCAUGUAACAUGUUACCUUCUUCUGUCUAGGGUACUUACUCCCCAAACCCAUGCUAUCAGUCCUGACAAGCCUUGUGGUUGCUUCAGGAGAGAACAUGACCUUCCAGUGUGCCUCAUGGGAGAGAUAAAAUGGUUUUGUUCUGACCAAGGAAGAUGAGAAGUUCUCCAGGUUCUAGAACUCACAGUAUAUAAACUCUACUGAACAAUUCCAGGCUCUUUUCCACAUAGGUCCUGGGACAAUCAAUCAUAGAGGAAUGUUUAGAUGUUAUGGCUACAAAAAUAGUACCUAUAUGUGGUCUAAUCCCAGUGACUCCUUGGAAAUACACAUCACAGGUGAGCUUCAUGGCACACCUUCCCUGUCAGUUCACCCAAGCCGCAGAGUGUCCUCUGGAGAGAAUGUGACUCUGCUGUGUCAAUCAUCACAUCAAAGGGAUAGUUUCUUUCUGUCUAAAGAAGGGACUGCCCACUCACUUUGGUGUUUGAGAUCAGUGCUUCAAGAUAAGCUAUAUCAGGCAAAAUUCUUCAUGAGGAAUGUGACCUUUGCCCAUGGGGGCACCUACAAGUGCUAUAGUUCUGAAGACUUAUACCCCUACAUGCUGUCAUACCCCAGUAACCUUGUGAAGCUUGUGGUUUCAGGAUCUUCUGAUGACCCCAACUCCUUAUCCCAAGAGCCCAUUCUAACAUUUGGUGAGUGUCGCUGGCCUCUCUUUUGGGAGCUUGCUCCAUCCCCAGGCUGCCUCCAAACUGACAGCACAUCUAAACCUGGUUGGUUACUCUGUCAACACAGAAUGUGCCUAAGGAUCCAGAGGCCAAGCUGAGAUCUCAGCAGCAUUGCAGUAUCCUAGAGUCUUAGAGUCUGGAAUGCAUAAGGGGACAUUCAUAUGGAGAUGUUAGAGCUCAGACUUGGAAGGAGCAGAUGGGUACAGUGGAGAACAGAGUACCAAGCCCUCUAUUUGCCCAUUUCUCUCCAGCAUGCUCUGGAAACUAGGUACUUGUCUAUGAGAAUCCAGGCCCUGGGAAUACUGAGGAAAGU